AUGCGCCAUAUGCUAUUCGCCACCAUCACCACCACCAUGCCCUCCUCAGCCGCCGCCACGUCAUCGUCCUCCCCAACCCCCAAACCCAAAUCCUCAAACCCUAGCUCUAACGGAAACCCUAACUGUACCCUCCUCUGCAAGCACUCGCCUUCUGCAACCCUCGACCUCCUAAUCCUCAUCCUCGUCCUCUUCUCCGGGACCUUCCUCAUCACCUCCUACUUCUCCUACAUCUUCAAUUCCCUCUCUCUCCUCCUCUCCCACUCUAGCAUUCACCUCCACCACAUUCCGGUCCCUUAUGUCGUCGGCUUCGUCGCUUUUUUUGCCGUCGCGCUGUUCAUAGUCGAAUUUUGCUGUGGCACUAGAUCGAGAAAGUGCGACAGGCCUGGGUGCAAGGGUUUGAAGAAAGCCAUGGAAUUCGAUUUGCAAUUGCAGACCGAGGAGUGUGUGAAGACCGGGUCGAAAGAUAUCGAUAAGCUGCCGUGGAAGGGCGGGAGCGAGGCCAAUCCCGAUUACGAGUGUCUCAGGUCUGAGCUGAGGAAGAUGGCGCCCCCAAAUGGCCGCGCCGUUCUGCUGUUUCGGGCGCGAUGCGGGUGCCCCGUGGCCAAGCUCGAAGGUUGGGGUCCCAAGCGAGGACGCCGGCAUAAGAAGGCUCUUGCCAGUAUGGUUCCUAAUGGGGGAGACAAUCGCUGA